AUGGCAUUGGCGGAGAAUGUGAUACGGAAGAUCCAUAAAUUGGGUCUCAUCCCCAAAGCAGUGGGACUUCUACCUCAAAUUUCAUUCUUAUUCGCCGUUUCGAGUCUAGUAUGGCUCUUGACAUUACCCCAGCUGGGCAAUUUCCGCAACUGCUACAUCUCGGAAAACGCGUUGAUGCCAAGCCAGGUGCACUCCUAUUUCAGAGAGAGCGAGUGGAACAUAGUGCGUGGGUACCGUGAAGAAGUCGCCAAACUUGAACAUGAACAAGACUUGCACCGCAGAAACCAAGUUAUCAGCGAAUGGCUACUUGAUUUGGGACUACAAGUAUCGUACCAUGAAGACACCAUGUAUGCAAUAAUGCACGCUCCACGAGGCGAAAACACCGAGGCCAUGGCGCUAGUUGUGCCCUGGAUCAAUUCGGAUUCAGAGUUUAAUGAAGGCGGCAUGAGUUUGGGCGUGGCUCUAAUGAGAUAUUUCCAGCGUAUCUCGGUGUGGUCCAAGAACAUCAUCUUGGUGAUCCCGCCUGAUGGCGCAAGAAGUUUGCGGUCGUGGGUCGAAGCGUAUCACACGACGUUGGACGACACGGCGGGGUCGAUUGAAGCGGCGAUAGUCGUGGAGUACGGUAAACAAGGAGAUUAUUUUGCAUACUAUGACAUGUUCUACGAAGGGUUGAAUGGCCAAUUGCCCAACUUGGACUUGCUCAACACCGCCAACUUGAUUAGCCACCACGAGGGGAUAAGUUGCAGCUUACAAGGCAUCAGCGGGAAGGAGCAAAGUUACGAAAACAGAUUAAAGACGUUGUUCAAGGGGAUUUUCAAAUUGGUCACUGCAGGGUUAACCGAUGUUCAUGGGCACGAGGCAUUUUCCGGCUGGCAGAUCCAAGCUUUCACAAUCAAGGCGCGCGGUAACCAGGGGCACGAUGUGACCCAGUUUGGACGGAUCAUCGAUUCCACUUUUAGAUCAGUGAAUAAUCUAUUGGAGAAAUUCCACCAGUCUUUUUUUUUCUACUUGAUGUUGAGUCCCAAGCACUUUGUUUCGAUUGGAACGUAUUUGCCCGCAGCGGUGACGUUGGCUUUGACUUAUGCCAUUGGGUUCCUCGACGCCAUCUUGAACUCCAAGAUUGACUUGCGCGAAAUACCGCAACACUUGACCAAAUUGUUGAUGUUGGUGGUCAUCAUUGAAACCAGCUGUGUUGUAACAGCACUUGUGAUACCGCAGUAUUCAGUCGAGCUUUUCCAGCCGGUAUCCCUUGCGCUCCUGGUCGUUGGCGGUGUGAUUGUUUCCCGGGCCUCCGUUUUAAACAGAACCAUGAGCUAUUUCGUGAUUGCGUUGGGGUUGCUAAUCAUGUCAUUGCUCAUUGCUGCGCUAUUGAUUGUUCAUUUUGCAUUGGCCUUUACACUUGGGUUAUUGGCGUUGCCGUUGACUUUUCUUCCAACGUUGAUUAGAAAGAAUAGAGUGUUGGCUGUCUUGUGUUUGGUCGUAUCCAACCCAUUCUUGAUUUUAUACGUGGGUGGGGUGUUCAUCGGUUACAAAGAUGUCCUUUCCAGUCUAAUCCAAGCUUGGGCCGAUUUGCAAAGCUGGACGUGGUUUAUUUUCGCGUUGGGUUGGUUCCCCGUUUGGUUGAUGAUUGCAUAUGCUUCAAUCACGCUAAUAUUCGAACCGCAAUCACCAUCGCAAGUGCAACAACCUCCAGCAACCACAGCAAAAUCAGAGAAAUCCAACUAG